AUGGUGCUACGAAUGGCGAGACUCACUGACUAUGCCGAAUACGAUGCCGGCGAAACGUCUGAGAAAGUACAACGUCCACGGUCCGACUUUGGAAAUGAUCAGGCAGACAAUGGACUCCAGACUAGAUUAAAAGAGGUAGAUAAUUGUGAACUGUUGCAGCUGUACUUUUGUGGUGGAAAGAAAAAUCAAGUGGCCUCUGUUUGA